AUGCAUAAACUUUCAUCCACCUAUAAUUGGUAUCCAAUUGCCGAGAGAUUAAUAUUAGAUUCUGCGAAUUCUUCGUUGGCAAGUUUAGACGAAUACCGCACAUCUUGUGUUAUUAGUCAUAUACAAUCAUUCACAACAUCAUAUCGAUCGUUGUUGGUGAAAUUAUUACCAACAACAGAUGCUUUCCUACUUCACUGUAAACGGGCUGCGGUACAAGUUAGCACCUGGUUUGAAGCAACCCAUACUCAAAUAAUUUAUCCAGAUUUGUUAAAUAACGGUUACAAAUUAAUCGAUGGGAAAAUUCAGAUUUUAUGGAGAACAAAAGAUGCUCUACCAAGCUUACCAUCGUUCGCGACGUGUGGUUGA